AUGUGGACUGGUUAUGAAAGAGAGGGCGGAGCCAGGCGUGGCUCAAAUGUCAAGGGUGUUCUGGGCCGGCCCCCGCCGUCAGGGAACAGGAAGGUCCUGGAAGAUCUGUGGAGUCUGGAGUCUGAGAGAGGUGUUAAUGACAUGUGCAACGCCCAGCUCGAAGUGACCUGUCGCUGUUAUGCAAAAAUACGAGGAGAGAGGCAAACUAACGGUAAGUUCGACCUCGGAGCAGUGAAAGAUGCAAGGCUGCACUCACUCAUUUCUUCCAUGGACAUCCUUCGUCCUUCCUAUCCUUCCCUUCAGCCUCCUACCGUCUUCAUCUGUAAUUUGAUAUCUAAGCCAGCUCGUUAUUUCGAUUUCAACGUCCUUGUGCGUCUUUCACGAACGUGCCUUUGCUUUCUUCAAGUUGAAAAGCCUCGCCAUGAGAACGAGAUGUCUCCAGUUUCCAGGUCAUGGAGUCCAGCGAUAUAG